AUGAACACCGAGAAUUUCGAUAAUGGCGUCUUCUGGUUGUUUGUGGACCCGUCUCCAUUUCUGCUGUGGCUCUCUGUGGUUGGAUUGUCUGUUGCUGGAAGUGGGUAUGUAGCCAUUCUCGUUAAGAUGGUUACUCGUCCUAAACGACGAGUGAGUCAAGUACCUGGUUCUCUACGAUCUUCUCCAAAGAUCGAAGCCAUUAAAAAUGCAUCAGAGAGAUUACAUACUGCUAAUAAACUCGCACGCCGUGUCACUUCGUCGGCUCAAUUACUACUCGCGCUCGCACAGACAGAUAGCGUAUCUCGUCAACUUGCCAAGCUCGGAAUGAAGAUUGGUGAUUUAGCUUUCGAGACCGUUCUGCUUAUCCAGGUUUUAGAGGCAGGAUCACCUACGCCGAUUGUAGCCAUCUUCACCAUAAUCAUCGCGUCCAAUGCGUUGGCGUGCACCACCACGAUGUUUUUACCAUUCCAGCGCAUUGGGCUUAUCGAGACGCUAGUAGAUCUGCUAUUCGAUCUCCUCAUCGUAGUUGGAUGUCCUAUGCUGGUGCUGGUAUACUGCUUAUCAACAUUUAAUUUCCCUCGGGAUAAGUACGAUAUCAACCACGAAGUGUUCCCACCCGGAUGGUUCGAACAGCAAGCGAGCGUUGUAGCGGAUCCAGCGCAGACCGCAGUCAUUUACAAGAGUUUAAAGUCGCUACGUAUCUCUUCUACGCUCGACUUUUUUGCUCGAAUGGGAGUCCACGCCACGUUGUUUCUGCGUCUUCGUCAUCUCGUAAACCUCAUCCAGACCCCGUGGAAGCAACGAGUGUGCGUGUACCCAAGAAAACAUCGACCUGCUGCAAUUCUAUUCGUCGUUUACGCUAUUCUCCUGGUCGUAUUUGUGGAAGAAAGCGUCAGGACUUCUACGAUAGCAUGUGAUCCGCAUCCUGAAUGUGCUGUACAUGCUCGACGAUGGACAAUUCUGGAGAGCGGAUCCUUAACGCAAUGUCCAUGUUUGAUGAUGAUCGACCGCGACAUCGCUCCAAAGUCCUAUGCGGAGUGGGAACAACCCCUAAAUGUGACUGAAAAAGUGGCUCAACUCGCAACAAGAGGCGAUCUCCAGACCGUGCAGUUGACAAACCGAUAUCUACCAGUUUUGCCCAACGAACUUCGUCGCUGCACUGAGCUGAGGCAUUUGACUCUGGAAUAUACGCAUACACAGACACUACCGGACUGGUUCAAGGAAUUUACAAAUCUCGAAUUCAUACACCUUGAGAGCAAGUUCACAAGUCCAUUCGUCGUUCUGCCGGACGAUAUGUUUAAAGACAUGUCGUCUUUGACAUUCAUUCACUUUGCGGGUUUUGUACCCAUGAAGCGGCUUCCGUCUUUUCAAGGACUUACGAACCUCAAAUCACUUACACUGGCGGUGUUCCUGCUGUUAGAUCAACUCCCAGAUUUCGACCAACUACAUCGACUCGAGCGUUUACUAGUCACGUGUGUUCCUGUUCUCGAUAGUCUUCCAGAUUUUGCUCCGAUUAAGGAGACCCUCAAGUCGCUGAUUUUAACUGAUCGAGGAACUUGGUGCUGCAAUGGCUUCUUGGAUGAGUGCGAUCUCCAGCACCCAAUGUGUCAGAUCCAUCCUCUGUGGGGAACACCGUCGGCCUCGUGCUUAACCUCCGACCGACAGAAGGCUACUCCUGAUACUCUGGCGCUGAUUAAGAAAUUCCCAGACAACGUCUGUAAUGGUUUGCUGUUUCCUGGUACGUUAGAAGGCCCACCUACACCAGCCACGAUGGAUCCGUGUAAUGGCACGCUUUAUCGGCAAUGCAUCGAUGCCAGCGGGGUCGAAUCCAUGUGCUACAACGCAAGAUUCAUGGGAAUCGCAUGUGACACAAAUCCAUUUCCCAUCAAGAUGAGGCGAUACCAAAUCGCUCGGGGUGUCGGUGAUCCGUGUAACCCUGAUUACGAGGCUUGGCUGGGAUGCAAAUGA